GAUGGUUGGUAGAAUACGUGAGAGGAAUGUGCUUACGAUAAGACUCCCCUCACAGUUCCAUAUUUAGGCAGUGUGUUCUCUCAUGCUCUCGCGCAGAGAGAGAGAGAGAGAGAGAGAGAGAGAGGAAACACAGAAACCUAUUUCUAUUACUACGUACAAUAACAACAAUAUUAGAGCAUCGAAGGACCGAAUAUCCAUAUCACCUCACACCGCAUAAAACAUUUGAUACUCCUAGUCCUCCCCUUCUGCCUAUUUAAACUCAGAUCCACCCCGCCCCGAAACCACGACACAGCAGGAAGACAGUAUAUCCUCGAUAAGAUUCGCGAAAAGAAGGAUUCAGGUGGAUAGAUAAUAUAUACCGGCUGGAAGAUGCCUUUGACGUACUGCUUGAGGGAGAGGAAGCCCUGCGUGCGCUGGGUCGAGAAGUACUUCAAGGACUGCCUGUGUAACCUCAAGGAUGAGAUAUCAUUUGCGUUCGGGCUAAUAAGUUUGGUGAGCUGGGGUGUUGCGGAGAUCCCUCAGAUCAUCACCAACUUCCGCACCAAGUCCAGCCAUGGAGUCUCCCUUGCCUUCCUCAUGACUUGGAUCGCCGGGGACAUCUUUAAUCUAGUCGGCUGCCUCCUCGAACCAGCUACGUUGCCGACUCAGUUCUACACGGCCCUGCUCUAUACGACAAGCACGGUGGUGUUAGUGUUGCAGAGUGUGUAUUAUGAUCACGUCUACAGAUGGUGGAAGUGCCGUCAAAACAAACCCCACCAAAAGGUUUCGGAAGAGAAAGAGCCCCUGAGGCCUAAGACAUCUACCCGUUCAGGAAUGCCGAUACCAAACUCCUCACCUAAGGCACUACCUCGCAGAGAGUUCUACUACACAUCAGCUAGAUCCUUGGCAGGAAGUGGGACUCCGCCAUUUCGAACCUACAUGAGGGUGGCUCGGAGUGGGCCAUCAGCUCUAGAAGUUAACAGUGACUCAUCUUCGGACGAUGAAGCAGUUCCUGUUUCUUCGGAUAAGAAGUCCACCCAGCCUAGACCUAUCCCACGAUCUGCUGGUUACGGGACAUUUCUAGCUGCAUCGGUAACUUUGCCCUUCCAGAGCAACGCUUUGGCCGACACGUAUAUCAGAAUUACCCGGAGGAGAUUAUUACAGGAAAGUGGAAUGGAGCACAGUGCAUUCGGGCAAUGGCUUGGGUGGCUAAUGGCAGCAAUAUAUAUGGGAGGGAGGAUCCCUCAGAUUUGGUUAAAUAUCAGAAGAGGAAGUGUGGAGGGUCUGAAUCCUCUCAUGUUCAUCUUUGCACUGAUCGCGAAUGUUACAUACGUGGGAAGCAUUCUGGUAAGGACCACCGAGUGGGACGACAUAAAGGCCAACAUGGCUUGGCUGUUGGAUGCUGUCGUCUGCGUGGCACUUGAUUUAUUCAUCAUAUUGCAGUACAUGUAUUACAGAUACUUCAGGCAAAAGAUCCCCUCAGACGAAGAAGGCUAUGGAGACUACAAGGACGAAAAGAAGGCGGUAGCUUCUUAAUUACCUGCAAUACCGAGUGUAUGUCUCCAGCAGCUGGACUGAGAGCUUUAAAAGUUAAGAAGUCAAUUACUUUUGUCGUACACUAAACCAUCAACGCGCUUGAUUAAUAGAUGAUGUCAUUUUCACACGUAGCAGACAAGAAGGAUGUUUAAGCACUUGAUUCCGGAGAUCACCUCGAGGAAAACUGAGGAUGACCCAUUUCCCGCUUUGCUCCAUGAACACCUAGAGACCAAGAGCUACUUUUGAGAUCUUUGUGAAUGACCUGAGAACAUAUAGAUUCUCAUAAAGCUCCAAAUCGCGAACUGACGUUUACAGGACCAUCAGUUUAUUACUGCCUGGUGCCUAAAUCACGGGAUUGCCAGACUCCACGGCUUGGACCGGGAAAAUUGUAUGAGAUCCUGAAGUUCUUGUAAAGGGAACAUGGGACCCAUUGUACCUUUAAAAUGCCAUCUUCUGUUCUGAGAAAUUUCAAGCACCCCUAUGUGAAGAACCCCAAGGAUUCCUCUAAGCCCUAACUGGUAGAUUGCUAGAACCAUCAAUGAAUUCCUCAAGGAUUCCUGUUGGCAUGAUGAGUGAUGUUUAUGGCCUAAUGAAAACACUUUAAGCUGUAUGGAA